UUGUAGCCCGUAUUCGACCAGACUUUUUCUCUCUCCCCACUCAGCCUUCCUAUAGUAUUCUUUCCAAUCUGGCAAUCGACGUCGUUAUCAGCAGCGAUCGCUUGGACAUAAUGCUACGAUUACACAAACCACCAAGAUACGUCCUCGCCAGCAUAUUAUGCUCUUGCGGGGGACUGCUCUUUGGGAUGGACACUGGUAUUAUUGGUCCCGUAACGGUCAUGGACAGCUUCGUUUCACGGUUCGGCAGCGAAUCCUCAGCCAUCCACGGGUUGAUCGUUUCAUCUAUCUUGAUCCCGGCUGCAGUUUCGUCCUUCUUCGCGGGGUAUUUGGCAGACAAAUUGGGUAGACCCAAGGGUAUUAGCAUCGGUGUCCUUAUCUUUGGGAUUGGAGCAGCCCUGGAGGCGGCUGCUGUCCAUAUCGCAAUGUUCGUUGUCGGACGUUGCAUCGAGGGUAUAGGCGAAGGCUUAUAUCUGGGCACGCUUGUGGUCUACAUUUGCGAGAUUUCUCCUCCUAGGGUCAGAGGCGCCUUGACAACCGGUCCCCAGUUGCUGAUCACCUUGGGAUUGACGGUCGGUUUCUUUACAUGUUACGGUACUUCUCGGAUAAAUUCCUCUUUCUCAUGGCGCACGCCAUUUAUAAUCUUGGCUUGUCUUGCAUUCACCUUCUCUGUGGCCUCGUUCAUGUGGUUGACCCCCUCGCCAAGAUGGCUGACACUCCACGGCCGCAAAUCGGAAGCUACCGCAGCUUGGGAUUACCUCGGAGUUAGCCAGGCUGAACGUGAAAAGGUUGAAAUCGAACAGGACCAGGACAAUAACACCCAGGUUAUUGCGACCAUCCCGAGCAGGGAGCGCGCCCCAUCAAUUUCACCACGCCAGGAUAGACCAAUGAAGCACAAGCUGUUCGACCUAUUUUCCAAAGAUGUACGAACACGCACCGCCUUGGCUGUCUUCCUCAUGGGGAUGCAGCAGCUCAGUGGAAUUGAUGGUGUGCUAUAUUAUGCCCCUUUGCUCUUUGAGCAAGCAGGACUGGCUUCUUCAGACGCCAGUUUCUUUGCUUCUGGUAUCUCUGCGAUUGUUAUCUUCGUCGUAACCAUCCCCGCGCUCGUCUGGGCGGACAAGUGGGGCCGACGACACAGCAUCAUCUAUGGCGGCAUCGGGCUCAGCGUCACAAUGUUCUUGAUAGGAGGGCUUUAUGCAGGAAAUGCCGUACAUAGCUCAACUGGCGCAGGCCGUUGGGUUGUUAUUGUCUGCAUAUAUAUCUUUGCAGUCAUAUAUUCCCUCAGUUGGGGGGUCGGCAUAAAGAUCUACGCAGCAGAGAUUCAACCCCAAAGAACUCGCGCAUCGGCAACCAGUCUGGCACAUGGUAGCAAUUGGGCUACCAACUUCCUGGUGGCAUUGACAACACCGAUCCUGUUGUCAAAAAGCAGCUUCGGCGCAUACUUUCUCUUUGGUGGCUGUGCUUUGAUCACGGUCUGUAUCUGCACAUUCUUCAUGCCCGAGACGAAGGGACGGUCACUGGACGAGAUCGAAGAGGCAUUCAAAUCCAAGUCGUUAGGGUCGAAGACUUUCCUGAAAGCUUUGCGUCCCGUCACAAAGUCAGCUUCGUGA